AUGGAUACAUUUGUGCAAAAACGCCCAUGGACUGAUGACAACGAAAUAACAAGUCCUUUGAAGCAGCUUAAAUCAGAAGGCAAUCAAGAGGAGCAACUGCUGGUGGGUGAUGAAUUCGCUGAUCCGAUUCCUUGGCAAAAAAUAGAGUCAGAAAAUCUGGACUGUGACUACGCCAUGCUUUUUACUAAGGAAGAAGCUGAUGACCUGUUUCAAAAGCUGGAAGAGGAGGUGGUCUACUCAACAGGUGAAGAAGCAAUGGUCCAGGUGUUUGGAAAGGUCUACAACAUUCCAAGGAAACAGGCAACAUAUGGCGAUUCAGGAUUGACUUACACAUAUUCCGGAGUGACACGUUUAGCCUGCCCAUGGACUCCCACCCUGGAAUAUAUUCGAGAUUCUGUCACCAAAAUAACAGGACACACAUUCAAUUUUGUCCUCAUCAACAGGUACAAAGAUGGGACCGAUCACAUGGGGGAGCAUCGUGAUGAUGAGAAGGAACUCGACCCUUCUUCGCCCAUAGCCUCGAUCUCACUUGGCGCCGCCCGGGAUUUCAUUUUCCGCCACAGGGACGCCCGGGGAAAACGGAGAGGUCGACGCAUCGAGCCUGUUAAGGUCGUCCUGGCUCACGGAAGCCUACUUCUCAUGAACUCGCCCACCAACACUUUCUGGUAUCACAGCCUUCCUGUUCGGAAGAAAAUCCUCCUGCCUCGCAUUAACCUCACAUUUCGACGGAUCUUGCCUGCCUGUAAGGAUUCCAAGUUAUUAUAG